AUGAAAAAUCUCGAAUAUUUGAUCAAACCUGGUGGUUUAUAUAUUCAAUUGUGUGCCAGUGAAAAGGAAACAUAUGAUAAAGGACCACGUCGUUUGAAAAAGGCUGAUUUAUGUGAACUGUUUUCAUCGAAGAAUGGUUGGACGAUUGAAUCAAUCGACGAUUCAGUUUAUGAAUACAUACCUGAUGCUCCAACGGGAGAAAGAGCCGAAGCUUAUCUUUCAUUAUUUCGACGAGAUAAUAAGAUUUGA